CUUCACUUACUUUCUUUUCCAGAAAAGAGCAUCGUCCCAUCUUUAGAUAUAAAGGGGAAAGGAGCUUGGGGGAAUGGAGAGACAAGUUGUGCGAAGUAUCGUGUUUCGGAGGGUGUCAGGCACUCUCACUUGAGUGAUCCCUUCCUGUGAAAAAACUCUGACAACUGCUCACUUUGUUUUUAACCUGGGGCGUGCGUGUGGUGUGAGGGAAAAUUUUAGCUGCUAAGGGGGGCAGGACAUCAGGACACUCGUAGAGAGGAGGACGUCAGGACAGAUGUGAAGGGACAGUGCGCUGUAUUGAGACGCCGCGGUGUUCCAGCCUCUCUGGGCACUCAUUCCUGGGGUUUGAAUGCAUGUUGGGCUGUAAUUAAGAACUCUUGGAGGCGUACUUAACUUGUGACGUGGUGCUUUUCUUUCCCUCUCGGUGAGAAAGUGGCUCCCUCUUCCCUGAAUCAGGACCUCUGCCAUCCAGAGUCACAAAGAGACAUUCUGGACAUAUCUUACACACACGCACACACAAACUUAAGGUGAGCACCAAAAACUUGCUCUGCAUUUUGUGUCCGCCUUUCCAACUGCUGGGGAGUUUUGAGAGCAUCUUAACUUUGAAGCUCUGGAAAAGAUUCUGACUGGAGAGUCUGUGGAAGUUACCUGCUUGUUACCGUAUCUUGAAGAAGAUUCUUUUGGCUAUAAAAAAUGAAGAGUCUACUUUUUCUGGUGCUGAUUUCUAUCUGCUGGGCUGAACAUACUGGCAACUACACUCUGGAGCAUGACAGAAUUAUUCACAUCCAAGAAAAUGGACCCCGUCUACUUGUGGAAGCAGAACAAACUAAAGUCUUCUCACACAGGGGUGGCAAUAUCACACUACCGUGUAAAUUUUACCGUGACCAUACAUCGGCUGGCUCAGGAACCCACAAAAUUCGUGUCAAGUGGACCAAACUCACCUCAGAUUACCUCAAGGAAGUGGACGUCUUUGUCGCAAUGGGACUCCACCAGAAGAGUUAUGGAAACUACCAGGGCAGGGUGUUUCUGAAAAAAGGCAGUGAAAAUGAUGCUUCUCUUGUAAUCACAGAUAUAACACUGGAGGAUUAUGGGAGAUAUAAAUGUGAGGUGAUUGAAGGAUUAGAGGAUGACAUAGCAGUGGUAUCUCUGGAUUUACAAGGUGUUGUAUUCCCUUACUUUCCACGGCUGGGUCGCUACAACCUAAACUUCCACGAGGCUCAGCAAGCUUGUCUGGACCAAGAUUCUGUUAUCGCCUCCUUUGACCAAUUGUAUGAGGCGUGGAGGUCGGGGCUGGAUUGGUGUAAUGCAGGCUGGCUCAAUGAUGGAUCAGUUCAGUACCCUAUCACCAAACCCAGAGAGCCCUGCGGAGGAAAGAACACAGUGCCUGGAGUCAGGAAUUAUGGGUUCUGGGAUAAAGAUAAAAGCAGAUAUGAUGUUUUCUGUUUUACAUCAAACUUCAAUGGCCGUUUUUACUACCUAAUACACCCAACCAAGUUGACCUAUGAUGAAGCUGUGCAGGCCUGCCUCAAGGAUGGAUCCCAGAUUGCUAAAGUAGGCCAGAUAUUUGCUGCCUGGAAACUUCUAGGUUAUGAUCGCUGUGAUGCCGGCUGGUUGGCUGAUGGCAGUGUCCGCUACCCAAUCUCCAGGCCAAGAAGACGCUGCAGUCCUGAUGAAGCAGCAGUGCGCUUUGUAGGCUUCCCAGAUAAAAAACACAAGCUAUAUGGUGUCUACUGUUUCAGGGUGUACAACUGAAAGUACCUAGAGCACAACAAUUUUAAAUUCAUUAAGAACAUGUGAAAGAUUUCUUUUCAAUACGAACUCAUGCAAGUUACCAAAACUGUGAUAAACCUUUUUUACUUACUGUAAAGAGUCAUUUUCAUAAGUCCAACCCUUUAAUUUGGUUUUGUUUUGUUAAUUCAACAGAUAUUUUAAAUUAAUAUAAUUGAAUGAAAGCUCUAGGUAAGGAAGCUUUAGAGCCAAACUCUUUAAGCCACACCAUCCCAACGAAAUAUAUUUUUCAUGAAUGGGGCAUGCAAUAGCUUGACAAUUGCUAGGACUAAAUUAAGGACUGUAAGGCUACUCAAAGCAGAAGCUUUUACAAGCACAAAUUUUACACAUUUGUACCAUUUUGAGAUGCACUACAAAAAUAAAAUUAGAUCUGCAGUUUUGAAAUACGGUAAUUUUUUCUUAACAGGUUCAGUGAGGUUUUGCAAAAUAAAAAAAAAAAAAUAUUUUCACAGGGGGACAAUAUAUACAGUUUGAUGAAAACAGCAACUCAAACAGUCCACAAAAUAAGACUUGUUUUACCAUUUAAAAUCUUGCCUUUCAGAAAAAUAAGCUCAUACAUGAGCCAAUGCAUAGCAAAAAGCACAACUAGAUCUCCUGAACAUUUCAAUUGUGGUUUUUAUUGUGUGUAAAACAUUGAUGAGUGGGUGAAUAAUUAACUAAUGAGUGAACCCUACUUUCUUCUUAAUUCAAACUGAAGAUGCCUGAGAAGUGUUGUAUUACCUUUGAGUAGCUUUACUGAGUUAUUUUUAAACUCUAAAGGCCAUUUGCUAAGCAGCAUUUAGCAUCUACUCAGGGCAGUUGUAUAGAUGAACUGCUGGACAGACAAAUUGUAAAAUUUAGCAGCUUGAUUUUAUGUUAGCCUUUAAAACGUUAUUGUCUUUAUAAAAACAACAAAUAUUUCUCUGUUAUUUACACAUCAUGAAAGAAACAUUUGGAAAAACACAUUACAAAUCAAUACAGUCUCUACAAUGAGAAAGAAAAAUCUAGUCCCAACAAGCAAAGAUAAAAAACAAAACAACCCCACCAUAUUUCCUGUUUGUAUGCAUACUUACGCCCAAUUUAUAUCCCAAUACAAAUAUUACUGUUUCUAAAUCCAUUAAAGAAAAAUAAUAAAUGUGGUCAAUCCUAAAAUCAGGUGGAAUUGAUCAUUGUUAAGAUUAAUGGAAAACUCUAGAAAUUGUUAUUAAUUUCACCACAAUCUGCAGAGGUCUGCAUGGGAGACAUUUAUCUUUGUCUUCCAGUAUCACAGAAAGAAAGCACUAUGCACAGUGCAUGGAGUUUCCUGAGGGGCUUGGGCACCAAUUCUCAUUAAAUUAAUACCCAGUUCCUCUGAAUUUGAUAUCGGAGGCCAAGAUUUUCAAGAGUGACUAUUGAUUUUUGAAUGCUUCAAUUCUGGGUGCCCAACUUCAGACACCUGAAAGCAGCCUAGUUUUCAAAGAGUGGGUGGCUCAACACUUUCUGAAAAUCAGACCUUAAAGGUAUUUCAAGUUGGGCACCCAAAAAUUGGGCCACCCAAAAUUACUAGUCAUUGUUGAAAAUCUUGACCUCUGCAAAUCCGUUAGACAACUUUGAAAUUCCCACCCGUAUUAGUAUCGCUAUUAAAAACAAAGCAAAUGUAGAAGUCUAUUUUCCUACACCAUGUUUUCUGACUAUGAAGAUUUCAGAGGACCAAUAUUUGUAUUAAAUGAAGUUUUACAGUUUCCAUAGCUAAAUGAAAUAUAGUGGUAUUAUCCCAGUACAACACAGCUGGUAUGCUUUCAUGAAUGUUUUUGUGUAGAUUUUCCCCCCACAGAUAUGAGUAAAUAAAUCUAUGAUUCCUGAAAUGAUUGUGGUUCAAUUUUAAAUGCAUGGCAGGAUUGUAGUAGAAAGAUAUUGAAUUGGUGAACAUGUUGCCAUUCCCAACAAGUGCAGAAGGCAAAAUUCCUUCCUGGUGAGACCUUUGUGAAAUAUGGAUAUUGGCUCAUACUUUCCAGGUGAAACAAUGUCAUUGAAAAGAAAACUAUAAUAAUAUUUACUUCCAUAAGAGCCAGGGUUUCUGGCAACUCAAGCACAAUGUAAUCAUAAGUGAUUAUAACAUAUGCACAAUUAAAAGGCCAAAGCAUACUUCCCUGUAGCCACACACUCCCAAUUCCUUUCCCUUCAGAAGGAGGGCUCAGUUACUUUCAAAAGUAUCCCUUCCCCUCCCCCCACAUACACACCUCACACACAUCCUCACCCCUCCUCACCACUAUUUCUCUUUCUCUCUCUCUCUGCAAAGACUUUUCUGAAGGGUCUGAGGUACAUCCAGGGGAAGGAGUUGGAGAAUGGUUGGGCCGGUGAAGGUGUGGGCAGGACAGGGACCGGAGUAAGACCAAAGGGAUGCAGAUCAUCCCCCUUCCAACCCAUGGAAAGUAGACCAUAGAAAACGUGGCCAUAUCUUUUCUGCACAGUCCCCUCAAUAGUCCUGAGAGCAGCAAAAGCCAGAGGAAGUCACUCUUAACAUGGUUCCAGUUCCCAACCAAAUUGUUAGUCCACUUGGAGUGAUGUAAAGCCACAGAACCUUCAUAAAAGUGACCCUGUCCUCCUGCGUGAUCCUUCACAUUUGGGGGAUGUUCAUGACUCUUUCAUAGGGAGACAACUCACCAGACAGCUUUCUGCUGAAGUCAUCUCAGCAACCUCUUUUUCCAGAGCCCUUUCCCACAGAUUUCUUAUUUUGGAGAAAGAGAAUCUGGCCAAGGUUUCUAACUGCAGAAAUGUGAACAUCCAAGUCUAGAUCCUUAGGUCAGGCCAAGAUGCAUUUGGAUCCACACCCAAGUUGGGCAAGUCAGCUUUAUAACACCUUUGCAGCUCCCUGAUUCUGAAGCUAGCCAGCCUCCACCAUAAGUUAGAUUCAGGGCUAUUCUAGUUUGUGCCCCACUACCCAAGCAGCCUUUCUGACAGCCAGAAUGCAGCAGCACAUACAUCCAUGGCCAGGCUCUGUACAUAAGGCGCUAUGAUGCAGCUGGUGGCUAAGCUGGUUCUAUGCCAACCAGAUAUUCCCCCUACAAUAAGGAAAUAGCUAGGUGGACAGAUCCUCAAGUUUUGCAGCACAAAGGAGUCAUAGCACAGAGGAAUUGGGACCCUGGAAUGACAAUGAGCUGUAAUAUGAUCACUGUUGGCCAAAUUCUACCGUUCAUUUACACCUGUGAAACCCCACAGAAUAUAUUCGUGGUCAGGAAUCAAACUCAGACCCACAGCAUUGUGAAGGUCUGUGUGCGAAGUUUAUUAUAUUAUUU